UUCUCUUCUCUCCAUUUCCUUUCAUACUCCUCUUUUUCUCCUUUUCUACGUACAGAGCGUGAUCUUAUCUCUCGUGAAAUCACUUCGAUCUCAUCCCAGGGUUCUUUGUUUCUUUCCUUGAUGACAAGAAGAAAGAUGGGCUCGGUAAAUGUACUGUUGGUUGCGUUGAUAGUUUUGAAAAUAGCGGCAUCGUGUGAUGGAGGAGUUACCAGCAAUUACAAUGGCAAAUUCGAACCGUCCAUCGACAUGCCUUUCGACAGUGAUGUUUUUCGUGUGCCCAAGGGCUAUAAUGCGCCUGAGCAGGUUCACAUAACACAAGGAGACCAUGUUGGGAGGAGUGUCAUUGUUUCGUGGGUGACUCCAUUGAAACCGUUCCCGAACAUUUUGACAUAUGGACGGCUGGAUGGCAAACAAAAGAAAUCGAAAUGCAGUAUCACCUCCUACAAGUAUUAUAACUACACAUCGGGCUUCAUUCACCACUGUUCCAUUCACAACUUGGAGUAUAACACCGAAUAUUUCUACGAGCUUGGACAUGGGAAUGCAACUCGACGGUUCUCCUUCACGACUCCUCCGAAAGCGGGACCCGACGUUCCGUACACGUUUGGCGUUAUAGGGGACUUGGGUCAGACGUUCGAUUCAAAUCAAACGCUGGAGAAUUACCUUUCCCAUCCAAACGGGCAGUCAGUGCUGUUCGUGGGUGAUCUUUCAUAUGCAGAUCAUUACUCGGAUCAUGAUCAAAGGAGAUGGGACACAUGGGGUAGGUUUGUAGAGAAAAGCACUGCAUAUCAGCCGUGGAUUUGGACCGCUGGCAAUCACGAACUGGAUGUUCUUCCUGAAUUUGGCGAAUCAACUCCAUUCAAGCCAUACAAGCAUAGGUACCGCGUACCGUACAAAGCAUCAGGCAGUACAUCCCCUCUCUGGUACUCCAUCAAGCGUGCCUCGGCCUACAUCAUUGUCCUCUCCUCUUAUUCAGCCUACGCGAAGUACACUCCACAAUACAAUUGGCUGGAAAAAGAGUUCUCGAAGGUGGACAGAGCUGAAACACCAUGGUUGAUCGUGCUCGUCCAUUCGCCAUUGUAUAACAGCGAUCACUACCAUUACAUGGAAGGAGAGAGCAUGAGAGUGAUGUUCGAACCAUGGUUCGUACAGAAUAAAGUGGACAUAGUCUUCGCGGGUCAUGUUCACGCUUACGAAAGAACGGAGCGCACGUCGAACAUAGCCUACAACAUAACAAAUAGAGCUUGUAGUCCAGUUUUGGACCCUUCAGCACCCGUUUACAUCACCAUCGGCGAUGGAGGUAACAUCGAAGGAAGAGCAAACGAGUUUAUAUAUCCACAACCAAAUUACUCGGCGUAUCGGGAAGCAAGCUUCGGACAUGGCAUUCUUGAUAUUAAGAACCGGACACAUGCCAGCUUCACUUGGUACCGCAACGAUUGUGGGUCGGGUGCGAGCAUAGGGGAUUCGCUGUGGCUUUAUAACCAGCAUUGGCAUCACAACUAGAGUAGAAAACACUCUCUAUGGCUAUUUCUAGUGUCUUAGAAGAAGCGCUUUCCAUUUCCGUUUUCACUAGUUUCCUUUUGAUAAGAAUCUAUGGAUUGAACCUUUUGGAUUAAAUUAAGAUUGAUGGGUGUUUAGAUUUUC